GUCAUUAUUAACGAGUCAGUUGUAAUUAUAAAAUUGCAAUAAUGGAAAUUAACCAUGGAACGAAAAAGAUGACAUGAGUUUAUCUUAGACAAGCGCACAUUAAAAUCCGUUUAUAUUUCAUUAACAAUAAUAGACAUGGAAAAUUUUACUCAAAUGCGUCCACUUGGACAAUGAUAAUACAAUGUAGACUGCGACAAUUAAACGGUUUCUUAAUUCGUCGUGAUGCGUUAUCAAACAACAACAGUUUUUUUUCUUGAGCAACGGUUUAUGCAUUAUAAAGUAGCUUAUUAGGAGUGAACAAUAUUUGUUUGUACAUGAAUAAUUAUUAUUUAAUUUAAUAAUAUACAUGAUGAGACAUGAUCGUUUAUAUGGGUUGAUGUACACAGGCGAGGAACUCGUUGCAGGUGACUUUCUUGUGCCUAAUGAUGACUUCCAAUUAAAAUACCUGGCAAGGUGGACUUAAGACUGUGUUCAUGAAAUUAAAAAAAAAAAAAAUGCCGGAUCUUUGUGUUUGUGUGAGAGAGAGAGCUACGCAGGAGGGAGAUUGUGUGUGCACAAAGUCUACAUCUGGCGGGAGGAGGGAGGCCCAGGUGUGCAGGCUUAUAUGUGGACAUUUGUACUUCACGACACCUGCUGGAUGCAGCCACAUGAAAGGCACCGAAGUGACGUCACACUGGCAAGCACGCUACGUGCGGACAAUACAAUUUGCUGCGCUUGUUUGAUGUCCCAAACUCCUGGGUAUUUGAUUGUAACACCCGCUGAAACAUACCUUGGGUACGGCAGAGGUGCAGCAUUUGGACUACAGUACCUGCUAAGACUGUUGGACAUGACACGGGUACAUCCCCGGAUAAAAGCUAUUGAAAGUGCACACUUUGUCAAAGGUCGAUGACGUCAAUGGUUUGUAACUGCUCAUUGGAGAAGAAGCGAGCUGUGGUCGUCCUCCCCUUCAUCGAACAUAUCUCAAGAAUCAACUGGCCCAUCUCUUGUAUGGUUCAUCGAUGCAUGUACAAGGGUGGCUAACGACUCCAGCCAGGUUUUCCCACAAACUGAACAGACACUGGUCAUUGACAGGCUUCUAAGUGGCGACGUAUGAGUCUUCCUCCGGUGCGACGUUCUCACCUGUGUGAAGCAGUGAUCUGUGUGUCCAGUUCUUUGCAGCUGUGACCAACCGGACCGCAAUGUCUGCCAAUGUCACAGAGAUCGAGUCUGCGUUCCACUGUCUCCAGAUGACCACAUUAGGACGUCCUCCGAAAGUCUCACGCAACAGCAAGUGCUCGUAGUGGGCGUGGUCAGCGCAUGCGUCCUGCUUCUGGUGCUGGUGCUCGUGAUUAUCAUUUUCGUCCUUGUCUCCAAAAGACCUCGUCAGACUGUCAGGUAUCGGUCCCAGGUGAGCAUGGCUCGUUCGGACUUCUGGCCGUAUGCCACGGUACAGUCUCCCCUCACCCUGUCACAGUUGUAUUCGUCCGACGCCAGACAUUUGGUAUUCUUCCACCACCACCCGCUGAGUCACGAGCCUCCACGCUGGACACCAAACGAUGGAACGAGCAGGUUGCGCGCAGGCGGUCACAGGGGCACCUGGAGAUGCUGGCGGCCUCCACCCUGAGGUCAGACCACCAUCUCACAGACGCGCCGCCUGAUUACACCCGCUCACGCUCCAUGUCCGACGGCGCCGUCAUGACGCAGUUGGCGAUGCACGAUCACAUGACCAUUUUUGACCCUGUUAGUGGAUUGACCUUCGUAUCAAUGCAAGGUGAAGACGACGAAGUGGCAAACAUGAUUCACGAUUUCAACAGCACCAUCCCAUCUCUGAAGGGAACGAGGUAAAGGGAGAAUACUCACCAACACACCCAAGCUUCAUCAAGUUUUCUGCUUUUCUGACGUCAUCUUCAUGGGUUCCAUGACGUGUGUGAGAACGCUUUCUCUUCAGGCCAGUGUUACCAAUGACGUCAUCGAGCACCAGUAGCAUCACUGGACAAUGACGUCACUAACCGUGCAAGUAUCGCUACCUGUGCUCUCAAUUCUCGAUGGGAGCUAACACCUUGCAGUCACCGUGCACACUGCUGUUCGUACCUUGAGUAUUGACAGAAACAAUAAAUGUGACAAUAAAAGAAACGAUUUUAAUGAUGUGCCAUGGUUUAUUUUUGU